UUCCGGAUAUCGUCAUAACCGGAAGUAUCAUGAGGUCACGCGAGUUGUCACGAGGGGCGUGACUAUUUCAAAGAUGGCUUCUGGCGUGUUUUCGUGGUGUUCGUGUCUCCUUCGUUUAAGGUAUAGUCAAGACGAAAUAGAACAGAUACAGAGAAGUAAAAAAAUCGACAGAAUGUUGAAAAGGGAUAAGAGGACAAUACGCAGACAGAUCAAACUAUUACUUUUGGGUGCUGGUGAGAGCGGAAAGAGCACGUUCCUCAAACAGAUGAGGAUCAUUCAUGGACAUUACUUUGACGUCGAUUGUCUCAACGAGUACCGCUUCAUUAUUUAUCAGAACAUUGUCAAAGGUAUGAAAGUGUUAGUCGAUGCCAGGCAGAAACUUCAUAUCGAAUGGGGUAAUGCCGACAAUAGCAGGUACGGCCGUCAUUUAAUGUCUUACGAAGAUAAAAUGCUUAUGGAUCAACGUUUGUUCUCGGAAUAUGCUGAAUCGGUUCGGCAUUUGUGGUCCGAUCCCUCCAUUAGGAUGGCAUUUGACAGGAGAAGGGAAUUUCAAUUGAAGUUUCUGGAAGAAAAGAAUCAGCCUGAAAAUUAUGUUCCAUCUAAUCAAGAUAUCCUUCAUGCAAGAAAAGCAACUAAAGGUAUCACUGAAUUUCUCGUAUCAAUACACAGUGUCCCUUUUUUAUUUGUUGAUGUUGGAGGACAGAGAUCGCAACGUCAAAAAUGGUUCCAGUGUUUUGAAAAUGUUACUUCGAUACUAUUUUUUGUGUCUUCCAGUGAAUUUGAUCAAGUUCUUGUUGAGGACAGGUGUACGAAUCGUUUUUUGGAAUCGUUGAAUAUUUUUGAUACAAUUGCCAAUAAUCGUUGCUUCUCAGAAAUAUCAAUUAUUCUUUUUCUCAAUAAAACUGAUCUCUUGAGGGACAAGCUCAAAAGAAAGGAUACAAAUAUUUUAAGAUACUUUCCAACAUUCCAAGGUGAUCCACAUUGCUUAGAAGAUGUUCAGAAUUUUAUGAUAGACAUGUUUGAUUCAGUUCAGAGAAACAAUAGAAAACAGUUCUUUUAUCACUAUACUACAGCCAUCGACACAGAAAACAUCAAAACUGUGUUUAAUGACGUUCGAGAGACUAUAUUGCAAAAGAAUAUGGCUCAACUCAUGCUGCAAUAAACAAUAAGAAUUCUCAUCAUCAAUUAUAUUUUGAAAACAUACAACUGAAACUAUGGUUGUAUACAAACAAAUAUUUUAUAUUUUAUUUUAUUUAGUAAUAGUGAAUAUGACCAUUAGAAGAGUUUAAUGGCUCAAUUAUUUUUUGUAUUUGAUUAAUUGAUUUUAAGGUUAUGUAAAAAAAAAUUAGUUAAAGAUGUAUUUUUUGUUCUACAUCUCAUACCAAAUAGAACUUUAAAUAUUCUAUUAGUACCAAAUAACUUCAAUGUAUGACUUAAAAAUGUAAGUCCUACAUUGAAUAAUAUUGAUUAGAGAAAUUUCAAUUUGUCACUAAACUUUUUAAUAUUUUAAAUAUUAAAUUUACAUAAGUCAUAUAAAGUUAGUAUUAUUUUGUAAUCAUAAGAGUGAUAAAAUGAAAUUCAAAGUAGAUUUUAUGAAUUUUCUUACUUGUACAUAUCGGAAGAUUAUAUAUUGAUUUAUGUUCAGUAACAAUUCCAAAAUUUGUAAUGGAAAUUAUCUGAUGACCAAGUCAAAUGCUCCAGAAAACUUAAGAAAUGGAUAAUAGAAGAAUUUAAAUAUUAAUUUGUCAACCCUGUUACCUUUAAGAUUAGUUUUAACAUUUCUAGGUCUAUCAUUUUAUAAACACCAUAAUAUGAUUAUAAAAUUUGGUUUAUAAUAUCUAAAAUUUAUGAAUCUUACUUAAUAUGUGAAUAUAAAUUGAAAUUUUUCAUUCAUGGAGCAUUGUCUGAAUAAUUUGUUUAAAAAGAAAAAUUUUAAUACUUUUUAAUUAGAAUUUGUGGUGAUUUCAUGGCCAUUUUCAUAAUCAAGGAUCAGAGGGGAGAGUUAUAAGUUAACCAAUUACCAAUCACUUUACUUUUUGAACAUGAAUGCUUAUUGGUUAAGCAGUUUUCAUUGUGUGAUGUUCAUCUCUACAUUGUUGAUUAUAUAGUUUCAAUGUGCAUUUACAAAUCAUAAUUAUUCCAAAUAUACAGAUAAAUUCAUUGUUUUUUAAAUUUGAAACCAUAAAUUAAACAGGAAUACAGUUUUGUUUUAACAUGCCGCAUUAUCCAUUUCUUAAGUUUCAAAUAGUUAAUUGCUUAACUAAUUCUUUCAAAAGUGUUAUUGUAAAUAUACAAGAAUAAAAUUUUAAUAGUAUUAUAGUUUUACAAUUAACAUUGCACAAUAAUUGUUAAAUUUCAUCAAAAAGAAUGAGGGGAAAAAUGUCAGUCAAAAUUAAUAUUUUGCUAUUAAAAAAUUAAAUAAUAUAUAAAACAAUUUCCAUUUUAUAUCUGUGAUUAUAUCUGCAAUAUUCUCCAUUUUUUUAAAAAAAUAUUUUAUUUAAAUAAUGUGUUUUUUGAAUGUUUACUUGCCAAGUUUUUCUAAGAAAUGCAAAAUGUAUUUAGCAAUUGAUUUAAUAUUAUUGACAAAGAGAUUUGCAGUUAUUCUGUUCUGAAUUUGUCCCUUAGGCAACAAUCAAAGAUUGUGUCUUGAUGAUUUGUGUUUAUAUUUUAAGGUUUUUUUCCCCUUAUAUAAAAGUAUUAUUGAGAAAGUUGUUGAUUUGUUAAUGCAAUUCAUAUCAUGAAAUCCAAAGAAAUGUAUCAUCAAAAAAUUUAGUGUAAGAACUACUAUUGUUUAAAUCCUUCCAAACAGUAUUUUCGCAUUUAAUAUUGUAUAUUUUGUAAAUGAAAGAUAUAUAAAUUUUGUUAAAAAACAAAAAAAUUA